CAUUUACGAGCACUUUUAACAUUUAUUUUAUCACAAAAAAUAUUCAUCUAAACUUAAACAAAAAUUAACGUUGAUUUCUGGGCAUACGGACUGUAAAAAUCAAUCAAAUACAGCGGGGCGAAGGGGUAAAGAAAACUGUUCGAUCGAUAUCAACAGAUAUCAAAUUCAUACUUUUCAAGACCGCUUGUUGCUGCUUGUUGCUCGAAAAUAAAGCUAAGUUGUGUAGCACCGCGUCAGGGCUAAAGCGAUUAAGAUGGAUGACGAGGAAUAUUUAGAACUAUUUCAAACAGACAUUGUAGAGGGUAUAGUCGACCUCUUAAUUGUGCAGUCGGAUGUUAGUGAUUUCUCGAUUGAGCCAUCCGGUAAUCCGCUUGUAAUGGCCGCACUGACAACAAUGACGCAGUCUGAAGAGAACUGGCUGCAUGUGGUAGGAUGGUCCAUUCGAAAGGUUCCCAAGUUCGCUUUAAACGUCAUAAGAGACGUAAUUAGGGACAUGCCAUGUCCUACUGUGGAUACGGUUCACAGGUUGUUAGGCGACCUGUUAAAGCUAUCGCCGAGGCGCGCGACGAAUCCGAGCGACAAUCGCCAAGCGGAGAGGAACAUUUGCGUGGUGCUCACAUGCCUAGCAAACAAGUUGGCAGGGAGAGCAAGUACACAAAUAUUCACACGGAAUGUUUGCGACUAUCUUUUCGAGUUCUUUCUAAUGCGUCGAAAAUCGCGCCAAUUAUUGAUGGCUUUGCUUACAUUGGAAAAGUUCGCUGUUGUACACGAAACCAAAACUAUCAUCGUAAAAAAAUUUUCGCAACUAGAGAGAAACCCUUUAUUCGAUCUGUUGGAGUACGAUAAAUCCGAAGAAAACUAUCCGCGUCAAAUCGGAUUUUGCGCCCGAUGGGCUUUGGAUAACGUUUUUCCAGUGACCAGGCGCCAGCCAUCUUACUUAACUGUUGAUAUGAGUCGCAUAAAUGUGAUUUUCAACCAAAAUACCCAAAAAUUUAUGAAAAUCUCUCCCGAUGGAUUGGAACUCCGUUGUGACACGGAGGAUUUUGGAAGUCUGCGUGCGACAUGCGGAGUGACCCAUGGGACUUAUUACUUUGAAGUUCUCUUGAUAACGGGAGGUCCGAUGCGCAUUGGACUUGUUACGUCGCUGUCUCCAAUGACCGAUACUUAUGCCAUUGGAAAGGACGAUACUUCGUUUGGUUACGACGGCAGCACCAGGUGCCUUUGGAACAAGGGUGUUUCCCGCGACUUGUUUGGGAUACAUACUUGGCAACCUGGCUAUGUUAUUGGCUUUCUUGUGAAUACCGUCAAGAAGAGGAUUUAUUUUGUUCAAAACAAGUCAACCGUGAUCGUAUCUUUGCCUGAAUUCUUCAGUAAUCCUCAGGGCAACAAAAAAUACUACCCGGCAGUAACCAUGGCCCCGUACGUACAGUGCCGUUUCAAUUUCGGCUCCGAACCAUUUUGCUACCGUUCGCCGGAAAGGGGCCCAUACUCGACUUUCAAUGAAGUCGGUAGCCUCACCCCCGAAGAAAAGAUGGUGAAACCAAGGAACGAAUUCCAAUCGGAGAACUCCGUCUAUAAUGAGGACGCCAACGCGUGCGAAAUCUGCUACGAUAAUAACGCUAACUCAAAACUGCUUCCGUGUGGCCAUGACACGUUCUGCCGUGAAUGCACGUCGAAAUGCAAAGCGUGCCCCAUUUGUCGCGACGCGAUCACCGAGCGCGUCUAAGAUGUAUCUCAUUUUGACUUUUAAUUUUAUGUGUUUUUAAAUCAUUUUUUUUAUUUCACCAAAUAUAUUUGUUAUUUAGUUAUUUACAA